GAUUGGUACGUUCGGAACUUGGGAUCGAGCGAACUACACCAAAGAAGCAAAUCGCUUUUUCUUGAGCCAUCGAGUCGAGUGCUCUCCUUGUCUGCGAGCAUCAAGAGGCUGACCUCUGCUGGAGUUCUGUGACCAAAGGCCCCCUGCCAGGCCUGGCCACCCCACUCCACCACCACCACCCACUGCUGGUUCCUCCGGGACCCGACCAUGGGGAACCUCCUGAAGGUGCUGACCUGCACCGACCUGGACCAGGAGCCCAACUUCUUCCUGGACUUUGAGAAUGCGACGCCCACGGAGGCAGAGAGGGAGGUGUGGCUGCAGGUGGACGUGGUGCUGAAGGACGCCAGAGGGAUCCUGGACGAGCUGCAGGCCUACAAGGGAGCGGGCCAGGAGAUCCGAGAGGCCAUCCAGAACCCAAACGACGAUGUUCUGCAGGAUCAGGCGUGGGCCGCCGUGGUUCCGCUGGUGGGGAAACUCAAGAAGUUCUACCAGUUCUCCCAGAGAUUAGAGGCGUCGCUAAGCAGCCUGCUGGGGGCGCUGACCAGCGUGACGUACGAGGACCCGACGCAGCACCUGGAGAGAGAGCAGGCGCUCGCCAAGCAGUUUGCAGAGAUCCUGCACUUCACGCUGCGCUUCGACGAGCUCAAGAUGACCAACCCGGCCAUCCAGAACGACUUCAGCUACUACCGGAGGACGCUGAGCCGGAUGAGGAUCAACAACCUACCGGCGGAAGGGGAGAACGAGGUGAACAACGAGCUGGCCAAUCGGAUCUCCCUGUUCUAUGCCGAUGCCACGCCCAUGUUGAAGACGCUGAGCGACGGCACCACCAAGUUCGUGUCGGAGAACAAGAACGUCCCCAUUGAGAACACGACGGACUGCCUCAGUACCAUGGCCAGCGUGUGCAAAGUCAUGCUGGAGACGCCGGAGUACCGCAGCCGCUUCACCAACGAGGAAACGGUGUCGUUCUGUUUGCGCGUGAUGGUGGGCGUCAUCAUCCUCUACGACUACGUCCACCCGGUCGGGGCCUUCGCCAAAUCCUCCAAGAUAGACAUGAAAGGUUGCAUUAAGGUCCUCAAAGACCAGCCGCCGGGCAGUGUGGACGGUCUGCUCAACGCUCUCAGGUACACGACGAAACACCUAAACGACGAGUCGACCAACAAGACGAUUAAGAUCAUGCUGCAGUAAGAGGCUCGUCGCCCUCGGCAACAGCCCCUCUCCGAUGGGCGGGAACCACUCAGAAUUAAUCUUUUUACGCUUCUUAUUUAAUUAUUAUUUUAAAGCAAACGAGCUGCAGCUCCGCCCACCUUUAGGACGCGAGAUGUCGUCAUGUCCGUCAUGUGCCAAAAAGCUGUCGUGGAGUUGCAACGUUUCCGAUGUUUAUCCACUAGGGCCGACGUCUGCUCAGGUGUUUUUAAAAGCAGGGGUUGUCCCCCUGUGCCAGGGAGCGCGGCGAGCUACACUUGAAACAUUUCAAAGAAAGAGAAAGAAAUAUAUAAAUCGAUAUAUAUAUCAAGAGAAAGAAGUAUAUAUUAUUUUUGUCUGAUUAGUUAUUUAAUAUUACAUCUUCUGCAUGAACAAAAGGAUGUCCUUUUGAGUUUUCCUCUAUUUAAGAUCGGUUUGAGUUGAAUGUGUCUGCUCUGCUGUGCGCGUGAUGAUGUUGUUGUUGUUGUUGUUGUUGUUGUUGUUGUUGUUGUUGAGACGGUACCUGUCCCGGCGAGAUUAACAGUACUGUUUUAUAUUUUUUUAUAGGUUUUGUUUUGUUUUGAUUUUGGAUAGUUGUGCAUCUGAUGAUUUUCAAACUGUGACGCGUGGAGUGAGUGCUAUACAUGGACAGGGUCCCAUCGCUGGGAAAAAUACAAACGACAAACAAAGAAAAAAAAGCAACAACAAAUAAAACGGGAAUGUUUUUCUACAACUGAA